UUCCUCAGCCGCUCCGCUUCCACGCACAACAUCCGUCGUGGCGAGCGGGCUCGCAGUCGGAGGCCGAGCGAGCGAGCGAGCGGUCACCCGGCGCCAAGAUGCCGCUGGGCCUGAAGCCGACGUGCAGCGUGUGCCGCACCACCUCCUCGUCCAUGUGGAAGAAAGGGGUCCAGGGCGAGAUCCUUUGCAACAACUGCACGGGCCGCCCGGGGCCUCCCGGGUCCGCGGGAGCCGGCUACGCCACGACCUCGGCGGCUGCGCAGCACAGCAACGGCGGCAGCGGCGGCGGGAAGCAGAGUAAGCAAGAAAUUCACAGAAGAUCUGCUCGAUUAAGAAACACAAAAUACAAGUCUGCUCCAGCUGCUGAAAAGAAAGUUUCCACUAAAGGAAAAGGGAGAAGGCAUAUUUUUAAGUUAAAAAAUCCCAUCAAAGCUCCAGAGUCUGUAGCUACCAUUAUUACAGCAGAAUCUAUCUUCCAUAAGGGAGUUUACUAUCAGAUUGGAGAUGUUGUUUCAGUGAUUGAUGAGCAGGAUGGUAAAACAUACUAUGCUCAGAUUAGAGGGUUUAUUCAAGACCAAUACUGCGAAAAAAGUGCAGCUAUAACAUGGCUCAUUCCUACUGCAGCUAGCCCCAAAGACUGUUUUGACCCUGCAACUUACAUAAUAGGGCCAGAAGAAGAUCUUCCAAGGAAAAUUGAGUACUUAGAGUUUGUUUGUCAUGCACCUUCAGAAUAUUUCAAAUCUCAGUCAUCUCCUUUCCCUACCAUUCCUACUAGACCAGAAAAAGGUUAUAUUUGGACUCACGUUGGACCUACCCCAGCAAUUUCCAUCAAGGAAACUGUUGCCAGCAGCUUGUAGUGUGUCUUGCUCUUGAGAGACUCCUUUUUAUGUAUAUUAAUUUUCACAAAUGUUUAUGUUUUAGUAUAUCCAGCUAGGCCUAUGAGUGGCUUUUAUUUAUUAUUUAAAUUUGGGUGCCUUUUUCAAAAUCAAAAUUUCUUCACGUUCUUUGAAACUUGUUUUUCUUCUCCUCUGUCAAAAGUGACUUCUCACAUGCUUGUUGAGUCUAGUGAGAAGCUGUACAUUUUGUAUUUGUUAGUAUUGCUUUAUACAAAAAUAAAGUUACUGAUUACCUUUCUUCA